ACAACAAUGAAAUGGAAACUACACCAAACAACAAUGACAAUAAAAUCGAAACUACACCAGACAACAAUAAAAUCGAAACCACACCAGACAACAAUGAAAUGGAAACUACACCAAACAACAAUGACAAUAAAAUCGAAACUACACCAGACAACAAUGAAAUCGAAACUACACCAGACAACAAUGAAAUAAAUACCACCCCAUCAAUUAACAAUGGAAUCACACGAAAUAACAACGAAAUAAAAAAAGACGAAACCGCACAAAGAACAACUAGAACUAUAAUGACUAACUUAAAUUCCGAUGACCCGCAAUAUAUUGAAAUUAAAGAAUUAUUUCGUUCAGGACUUCCAAAUCAAGAUAUUAUGGCAAUAAUACAUUUACAAAUGCCUACUAAGAAGGUUGAAGUUCAUGAGGGUUAUAAGAGAACAUUUAAUGUUAAUUCAACAUAUCGUAUGUUUCAUGGUACAAAGAUUGCUUGUAAUCCUGAACUAUUAGUUUCGCAAGAGAAUAAUUAUUCGUUUUGUAGAUCUGGUUGUGGAAUGUGCGGUAUUAUACAAAAUGGAAAUCUAAAAAAGCACUCAAAACAUUCCAGAUAUAUGUGGUUUGCAGAUAAUUCCACUACAUCUUAUAGUUAUACUAGUCUAACUGGUAUAAAAGCUAUGUUUGUUGUUGAUAUUAUUUCUCCAAUUAAUGGAAGUGCUACUCUACCAAGAUAUUUAAUCUUAUUCAAAGACCAUGGAACCAAACCAAUUAAACAAAUUAACCCCAGAAUUACAUCACGUUCUACCAAUAAAAGAACAACUAGAACUAUAAUAAAUAGCUUAAAUUUUGAUGACCCGCAAUAUAUUGAAAUUGAAAAAUUAUUUAGUUCAAAACUUAAUCAAAAGAUUCUUUCAAUAAUGCAUUUACAAAUGCCUUUUAAAUUGGUUGAAGCUCAUGAAGAAUAUAAGAAAUUAUUUAAAAACAAUUCAACACAUCGUAUGUUUCAUGGUACAAGGACUAUUUGUAAUUCUAGACAAUUAAUUACGCAAAGGAGUAAUUAUUCGUUUUGUAAAAUUGGUUGUGGAAUGUGCGGCAUUAUACAAAAUGGAAAUCAAACAAAAUGUUCAAAAUAUUCCAGUCAAAUGUGGUUUGCAGAUAAUCCCGCUACGUCUCAUGGUUACGUUGGUUUAACCGAAAUAAAAGCUAUGUUUGUUGUUGAUAUCGUUUCCUCAAUUAAGGGAAGUGUAUUAAUCAUCGACAAAGAAUGUGUAAGUUUUAUCGAUAAACUCGUUCCUGAUGAUUUGAAUUUGAGAAAAAAGCUUAAAAGACAAAUCUGGAUUGGUACUGGUGCUGGUUUAAUAAUUUCAUUGAUAAUUGGAGCAAUUUUCAUUGGCAUUUUCUAUACAGUUGCUAGAAAUUUAUGGGAAGAUAGUGAGGCAGCAUGGGAGGGAGCAUUCUGUCUUAUUGCCUCAGUUAUUAUAACCAUUAUGUCAUUGAGUAUGGUAAGAAUUUCGACAUGGAAAGCUAAAUGGGAAGGAAAACUUCAAGAUGCAACAGAAUUAUAUCUUCAAAAACACAAAAAAGGGAACCGAUGGGCCUUAAUUAUAUUGCCAUUUACGGUUGUCUUACGCGAAUCUUUGGAAUCGAUUGUGUUUAUUGGAGGGAUUGGAUUUGACAAACCUGCCUCCGGUCUUCCUAUUCCAGUUAUUACUGGUAUUUUGGCAGGAUUCUUUAUUGGAUGGAUUAUCUAUGCAGGAUCCCAUAAACUUUCAUUACACGUAUUUUUCAUUUCAACUACCGUACUCUUGUUAUUUAUCGCCGCCGGACUAUUUUCAACAGCAAUUCAUGAAUUAGAGGAAGCCACAAAAAAAGAAGGCGAAGAAGAAAUUGUCCUCUGGAAUGCUACGUGCUGUGAUCCCAAAAAAAAUCAUUUUUGGGAUAUAAUGAAAACAAUUUUUGGGUGGCGAAGCAAAGCUACACUUGUUGAAGAAAUUAUUACGGAAAAUAAAGCGUAA